UACUCAGGUAACAUGUUCAACAACAAGAGGAAACGGAACAGUGAGGGCAAUAACGCCCCGAAACCCAAACUUACUGCUAUUGAAAGGGCGGAAAGGGACAAGCAGACUGAAUCGAACUCCGCCGGAUCCAGAAAGAUAGUGCUAUUCUUAUUCCAUGAAACAUACCUAAAAUUAGAAAAACCGGAUUUCAAGAGAAUGAGAGGAAUCAUUUUAGAAAAAGCGCUCGCCCCCGAAAAUCAAGAAAUCAAGAUAAAGGACACAGUGAAUGUUCCGGGUGCUAGAUCACUGAAACUAGACUUGAUAGACGAGAAAUCCGCCAGACUGAUGCAGGAGCUCAUCACAAAGCUCAACAACCAGUGGAACUUCUUUUCUCCGGCUAUAGACAUCACUCCACAGAUAACGAGAAUCAAAAUGUACAUAAACGGGGAUUGUCCGGAAACUUUUCUAAAGGACAAAGCGUCAAUUCAAGUACUCCUAAACGGGUCACUCGGUAAAUUUAUGAGUCCCAACGAUUUUGGCACUGAACGACCCCCAGUAUGGGCAGUUAAAAAGAAUGGGAACCCCUUUACUAUCCUACAUGUAGGCGCUAAAAGGAUAGAAAGCGUUGAAUUCCGUCUGAAAGCAACACGAGACCCAUACCUCUGCUCUCUCCCAGGGGCCAGGAUUGAAACGAAGGUGGACACAGUAACAGAACAAGAACUACAAGAAAAGACGGACCAGGAUCUCCAAAUAUCUGCUGAUAAGAAGAACGACGACAUCACAACUUCACCCAGAUAA